AUGUACAGCGACAUCUUGCCCGACCUGGAGGUGCAUGAGAUGAGGGAGAGGCGGGAGCGAGAGGCGGCCACACGGCGCACGGGGAAGGCAAUUGUUGAGCGGCGCCCCGACCACCAUCCAAUGGAGUUGGGCAUGUGUCACUUCUAUGGCGUUGCGGCGCGUCCUUCUCCACCCGAUGUCCCCGCCCCUUCCACGGCUGCUGUUGCAGCUGCUGAUAACGCAACAGCCGGGGGGGCCAAGAGUAGUGGUGCCUCUACUGCUNUUGCGGCUCCUAAGGGCUGCAGCAUGCCAUUUCUCUCAUUUAUGUCCCCUUCAUGCGACGAAACGCGUAUGCGGGGCGUGUAUCACGGCACGAACCGCCAACACGUGGACGCACCGGACGCAGGGAAAGGAUCCAUAUACGCUGAGAGGCGUAGGCGGAAGGAGGCGGCACGCGCCCGUCUGGAGGAAAUCUGCCUUGUGCAGAGUUUGCCCAAAUGA